ACCAAAAUGAUUAAUGUCAUUACUGAGUUUGGCAGAAUUACUCCAUUUUGAUAUUUUAUCUCAAGGGUUGGUGUAAGUAGCAUAGAAUCCUGGGUAUUCUAUGCUACUCGACUAACAGGAAGGCAGGUUUCAUUGCAGCCGUUGUGUAAAAAUUUUGAGGCAUCCUUGUGCCAUUGUUGUGGCAGCUCUGUGUGUGUGUUGGUAUGCAUGUGCCUGCAGUGUUACUUUGGCUGACACUGCUGUGGAAGUAAUGUCUGCUCUUAUAUUAUGAUGCAGUAUUUUGGACAUAUUUCCAUUUUAAAGUCACAUACAAACAUACAUCUUAAGUAAUGCCCCAACUGCGGAGAAUAGACAAUGGCAGUCUACUUUGUAGUUAUUGGCAUACGUUACAGCUUUUGAAAUUUUGAGGGAAAAUUCACCCAGAAUCCAAACAAUGUUUUUACUAUCCACUGAUGAUGAUAAAUAUACUUGUGAUUGUCUUUGCCAUUUUGAAAUCGAUUGUAUGCCAUUUUGAAAUCGAUUGUAUGCCCUAUCUGAAGGAUGCUGGUCCUCUGUCAGUCAAGCAAGUCUUUCGUCUGAAGCUGCCAUAUUUCAUUGCAAAGUAUUUUUCUAUAAUAUCUAUGUAAUGUUGGUGAGACACUUGGGAACUGUAUUACAGUGGCAAAUGCAAAGAACGGUUUUACCGAGUUUGAUUUAAAGCUGAAAAUACCAGCCAAAUUAUGUUUAGCAAAAAUUACUACCACUGUAAGCAUUAGUAACAUGUAUGCUUCAUGAAAUGGGGUGAGGUUUUUCUUUAAAGGAGAAUUUUGCCCAUAUUAAAUACAUAUAAAAUUGUGUAUUUCCCUUUGUACUUACUGUAGUAUGAAAACAACAGUUUGGACUUAUUUUACUAACUUAAGAAUUAAUCAACUUUAUUAAUCAAAAUUAAAAAAAAAAUUUCUAAGGCAUAGAACUUCCAGUUUGGCUUACUGAAACCACAGAUAUAUUAAAUUGAGCUGUUUCUCAGCACUGUCCUCUACUUCAAAGAUACAAGUUCAAAUGGUAAAAAGAAUUUCACAUGCCGUUUCAGUACCAAUAUCACAGGAUUUUUGGCCACGCCCUUAAAUUUUCAGAAGAUGCUUCUGAUUGGAAAGUUUCAGAAUUAACAACAGGGAGACAAAUGAGUGUCUGGCUAGUCUAAAGAAUAUGUGCUAAACCUAUAGCCUACAUGGCAUUGAAAUCAUUCAUGUCCAGUCGUUUUCUUGUCCGGUACAUAUUUAUUUGCAAGAUGGAUAAAAUGUCAAAUGAUGUCUGGGUGAGGCUGGCACUUUAAUAAUGAUAAUAAAUAAUAAUAAUGGCUUGCAUUUUUAUCGCGCUUUUAUCCAACUCAAAGUGCUUUACGGUGAUGAGGGGGAAACUCCUCAAACUCCAAUGUGUAGCCCCCACCUGAGGGAGAGUGAUUUUUGCCCAUUAAGCGGGGGGGAUGAUUAGGCAGCAGGCUGAGAGCCAGGUUGGGAAUUUAGCCAGGACACCAGAGGCCUCUGUGUCAUGAAGCAGGAUUACGGAGUUAGCUGGAUAACUGCAUCGAGUAAAACCCAGAACCCUCUCAAAACCUGGAACAUGGGCUGAAAUGUAUUUAUUUAUUUAUUUGUUUGUUUGUUUGUUUUUAAAAUUUCUGGGUUUUACUCUGCAGUUUAUCCCGCUAAAUGAUACAGGCCCCAGGGAACCCCCUACUUUUUGAAAUAAAUGUCAUAUUUUCCAGCCCUAGCCUUCAAGGUGCCCUAAGCAGGAUUUGAUUUGGGGGUAUCCCCCAACACCACAUUAAAAGAUAAUAGAUAUUUUAGAAUAAUUAUGGGAGCCCCCUGGUGGUCACGGGGCCCUAAGCAGCAGCUUAUAUCGCCACUUACUGGGUCAGGCCAGCUCUGAGUGUUGUGGAAUGUUUAAUGAUUAUAGUGAAUCUGGGCCUCAUUUUACAAUUUCAUCUGAAAGACAGUGUCUCCUGCAGUGUCCCCUUCACUGCACUGGGGUUUAUUUGACCCGAGAGAUGAUGGCCACUUGACCCACCCGUGACACUUCUAGUGGCAACUGAGUUUCCCCAGAAGGGGUCCCAUCUUAGUACUAACCAAGCCCACUUCUGCCUUUUUUUCAGCCAUUCAGCAGGAGCAGGGUGCACGUGGUGAUAUGGCUGCUGACAAAGAUGCCUUCAAGAGCUAUGGCUAAAAAUGGUAGGCUUCCUCAAUCCUGACCCUGCCAGUGCUGAUGUGGCUGGACCUCCCUUAGGCUAAUGCAGAAUUGCCUAUUGCAUUGCCCAGUAGGUGCAGGGUUCCCUAGCGAGGUAUUCUUUUCCUCGAGGCACGAUGACAAUGAUUAGUCAAUGGGGCACCGCUGGUCUCCAUGCUGCUGUUCUCCUGCACAUUGUGUGCAUCCCUGCUGGUGAGCUGCGAGAUAAAGAGUGUAAGGCUGACUGCAUGGACUUUGCAGGACAUGCAUUCUAGUGUGCGCUCUAUGGAAUUGAUCAAGGUUGUUGCAGGGGAGGGACAUUCUCAGUUGGGCAUUCCCAAAUUGGAAGAAGCAGAAUGGUGGUUUGUUUUUUUAUUUUGUUUUUAAUAGGUGUUUCAGCUGUAUGUUGUGUGAUGUUGAUUGCGGUCAGAUGGGUUCUCAAAUUCCCAACAGGAAUUUAUCGGUUUGCUUCCAUUUUAUAUUUAAUGGCCAGUAUUCAGAAAGCUAUUUUUAAAAACUACAUUCUGCACACUAAUUUCUACAGAAAUUAUUAGAACUUAAAUUGGCUUUCAACUUGUUAAAGUGUAUAAUUUGCAAAUGAAUGUAUGAAUAUGAACACAAUUCGUUCCAGUUGUAUUUACAAUUUCUGUUUUUUUUGCUUGCAGUAAGAUUUAACUGCAAUGUCAUAAUUUAUCCAGAAGGUGGAGCUGAGAGAAUGGCUUUCUGUUUUUUUCGUCCUCCUCCCAACCCCACCCCCCCCCCAAACCCCCAAGAGCAAUGGUCAUGUGGAUUCGACCGAUAGAGAGUAACUGAAUUUGCAGUUUGCGAGAUUGACUGUUGGUGUGUUCACAUAUGCUAAAUGACCUGAUAUCUGUAGCUGCUGGAGUGCACAAACUAGAACAUUGGGUACUGUUUUGACUACACCUAUAGCAUGUUCAUGCUGUGUGUGGAAGCAGUCAUGCAGAACCUUUGGAAUUUCUGUAUUCAUUUUAGUAGUGUCAGUCACCCUGACUACAAUUUGAUUUAUUCACUGGAAAUGAGUAAAUGGCAUUUUAAAUGAGCAUCACAAUAUUAAAAAAUGUGCUUUUUAGUUUAAAUUAUAAGAGAAAUUUGGAGCUUAAUUCCAGGCCCUUUAAGGGGUCCUCCUUUUAACUAAUACAAUUUUAUUGGCAGUAUCUCAUAUCCCUGUUCCAAAAGGGGGAAAUCAACUGUUACAACAUAUAAAAAUCACUUGGACAGCAAGGAUUCUUUUUGCAAUUGUCUAAAUUAAAAACGAUUAAUGUAACGCUAACUGCAAGCACUCUGCAUUUGCUAUGAAAAUGCGAGUAGAUAAUUUGUUUGUUUAGCUCCAAACUGAUAUUUCCAUGAAAUAUUAAAGAUUCAAAUGUACAUUUCAAAAUAUUUCUGUAUUUCUAUGAAGCCUACCUAAGCUCACUGUAGUCAAGUACUGCUGUUUUGCCUCUUGGUCUCACGCGGCCUUUGCAUGGGGGGAGUUGUGGGCGGAGUAAGUGACCUAGUUUUGUCCAAUAGCUCCUUGUAAGGGGAGGAGUCAGGAUUACUUUAAGCCAAUCACGAUGAGGUCGUCCUGCCGAUGGGCAGCACCCGCGCGUGCUAGGGCCAUGUGCGCCCUCGGAGAGGAGGAUUCGGUCUUAAAGAGACUUUGUGGAAUUUCUGUCGGCAAAAACCGACGGGCGCUCACGUUUCAAGCGGAUUAAAGGUGAUCUGAGAAAUUAUGCACCCUGAGUAGCUGGGAGGAAAACCAGGCCUAGUAGGCUAUAUCAUAUUAAGUAGUAAUGUAUAUUGUUCGGGGGUCUCAAAUGUAACCGAAUGUUUUAAAUGUGAAAUUCUGCUAAUUAGGCUAGUCAGAUCUAGAAUAGAUCUGAAAUAAAAAAAACGCAUUUAGUAUUGUUGCUAAAUAAAAAAAUACAUUUAAAUAUGGUUGUUUCAGUGGUUUUGCUAUUUAUUGGAUCCAUACUUUCAUUACGGCACCAGAUGUUUGGCGGUAUGACCAAGCGACGUGUUCGGGCACCUGGGAAGUGUGUAAAUUUAGAGCAACAAAUAACGGGUUAAUGUUUGGGAACAUAAAGUUCUGUGGACGGGGUGGGACGCCUUGAUGUCAAAGUGUACCCUACUCCGGCUUAUAAUUGGCUAGAUUGCUUUGGAGGUUGGGCUCUCACCAGGCUUUGAGGCGUGGUGUUGGGGAGGUGUGUCUCAUUAAUAUUGAUAAACACCCCCCCUCCUGCUCCAUUACCCGUGAGAUGUGACGUCACGAGAAUUGCCCGUGUUCGUUCCAGCUGACUCCAGCCUCGGCUCGAGCGCAAGCUGUGAGUCUACAUACAGAAAGAGAAAGAGGGGGAGAAGCAGAAUUAAAAAAAAAAAAAAAAAAAAAAAAGAGAGCGAGCGAGAGCGACAGAAGGGAAAGGGGGGAAAAACAAGAAGCUAUCACAUCAACCAAUCGCGCUGCUUAGCUGCACAUUUUCUGUUAGGCUAUUAAUUUGUUUUUUGUUUUUGAUUUUUAAAAAACGGUUUAUGGUCGGUAUUUCUGUUCUGCGUGUAUUAUUGAUAAAUAACAUUUUUCCAUAAGGUUGCAGCGUUUGCAAUUUUUCGAAGUUUCAGUGCGACGAAAGCCAAGUCUAGUUCUGUACGCGAGUCUCGAUUUGCGCUUGGUUCACUUCAGGAAUUCAUUAUAGACAUUUGUUAUUAUCUUUUAUUUUGAUUUUGUCCUGAUGGUGAAGAAAUUGUCUGAUUUCCGAACAAUUACAAAAAUCAGUCUAACUUUAAGAAGAUAGGAAAUAAGGAAAUAUUCUACAUUUACGCAAGAGGACGAUACAAAACAACAACUGCAACAAGGAUAUUAGAAUACAUUAGCACAUAGCCACUCGCUGGAUUAAGGGCGAGAAAUAUAGUUUUACAAUUGGAGCUCUUCACCGUAUUGUAAACACGAACACUUUCGAUAAAUGAUCAGACAUAAUAUAUUUACGUAGCAGCGAAACUCGAUUUGACUGCGCGCGAGUAUCCGGCUAAACAGAUUAUUGUGCAGUUGUGAGUAUCGCAUUUAUUGGAUAUAUUAUUUAAUGUAAUUGUCUAUUCGCUAGACUUGUGGACCGAUAUGUGCAUAAGGAGGACUAAAACGAUCCAAAUAAUCUAGUUAUAGAGCAGCCAAAUUUGACCGUAAUCACCGUAAUUUAAGACAAGUUGUCGUUGUAGUGUAACCACGACACCAUUAAAUUAAUCCGUAAUUAAUCGAUUAACUGUCAACAACGCACAUUAAAAUAGGCGGCCACCGAGUGAUGUCCAGGCCGCUCACACAGCUUCUACCCCCUGACCUCCCCGCCGGAGCUAGCCCUCAGUUUGGGAGUAGUAACACGGCGAGCAGUACUCUAGGUGGUGGGCACCUGGGUUCCAUGGCAAGCUUGAAGUCCCUUCUGCAGCUCCCAAUCAAAGGCGACCAGCGAGGGAAAGACUGCUGUGAUAUGAAAGACAAAGACAAACCCCUGGACUCUGAUGAGGACUCUGGCUCUAUGGCUGGGGGCAUUGUGGGUAGUGGUGGGAGUGGCAGCGGAUGCUCCCUGCGCUCCUCCUCCCAGUCUGCCUUCCUGGGACCCCUGCUUUGGGAGCGCACCCUGCCUUGCGACGGGGGCCUGUUCCAGCUGCAGUACAUGGACCUGGAGGAGUUUCUGACUGAGAACGGGAUGGGCAGCCUGCACAACAACAGCUCCAGCUCUGCCCAGAUCCCCUCCCAGAGCUCCCAGUCCGCCAUCCCCAACCAGAGUUCCCAGUGUCCCCCAUCUUCCCCCCCGCCCUGCUCGUCAUCCUCGUCCUCCUCUUCCUCAUCCUCUCCCUCCUUGCUGGGCCUGGACAUGCAGCAAACAACGCAAGGCCUGCUGGGAGGGUCGGAGUGUCUGCACAGUGGCCAAGGAGCCCCUCUGGAUCCUUCUCCAUCUCCCUCUUCUUCCUGCCCUCCACCUCCUGCACCUCCCGCCGCCAAUGGGGCUGAUGUCAUGGUGAACUUUGACCCAGACCCCGCUGACCUGGCGCUGUCCAGUGUGCCGGGCCAGGAGGCCUUCGACCCGCGGAGGCACCGCUUCAGCGAGGAGGAGCUCAAGCCUCAGCCCAUGAUCAAGAAGGCCCGCAAGAUGCUGGUGCCGGAGGACCUGAAGGACGACAAGUACUGGAGCCGGCGGUGUAAGAACAACGAGGCGGCCAAGCGGUCCCGGGACGCCCGGCGGUUGAAGGAGAACCAGAUCUCGGUGCGCGCGGCUUUCCUGGAGCGGGAGAACGCGGCGCUGCGGCAGGAAGUGGCCGACAUGCGAAAGGAACUGGGCCGCUGCCGUAACAUCCUUAACAAAUACGAAAGCCGACAUGAAGAACAGUGAAGGGAGAGACGGCCGGGGGGAGGAAGACUGCGAUGGGUGGGCCGGGAGGGGUGACAAAGGCUGAAGACAUGAUGAUGAUGAUGGUGAUGAUAAUAAUGAUGAUGAUGAUGAUGAUGAUGAAAGUAAAAUAAGUUUAAGAGGACAGGAAAAGCAGUAGGGUAGAGGAAGAGCAGUAAAGCUGGCAGGACAGUUUUUUCUAUUAACAAAAAUGGUAUAUUUUUGAACUAGAGAAUGGGGGAGAGAAGAGGAAAGAACAGGCAGAGGGAAUUGCAAUGAAUUACAUGUGACUGAGCAGAAGGGCUCGGGUGAGAUUCAGGAACCGAUCAAGAGAAGAUUUUGACAUAGUAUAACUGUAUAUUUUUAUAUUCGCAAAAAUGAGAAGGGGGUGGACAGUGGAAAUUUUGGAAAUAAUUUUGUAUAUUUUAUAUAUGGGUGGGAGGGAAUUUGGAUAGAGAAAGAUGAAUAUAAAAUGAUAUCUUUUAAAAAAUCAUUAUUGAAUGAUAUAUUUGAAAUGAGGAUUUUUGAAUGGAGAUAUGUGAAAAGAUGAGUCGGGAAUAUGGGUGUGAUGUAAGGAUGAACUGGAGGAAUGUAAAAUGGAAGACUACAGAGGCUGAAAUAGGGAUGGGGGAGGGGUUUUUGAGUGAAACUGUAGAGAGAAAAAACUAAAUGAAAAUUUUGUAGUUAAAAUUUUAUUGUGGGUUUGUUCAAGCACUUAAUUUGUUAUCUUCUCUUUGAUUCCUUUGUUGAAGUGAAUGUCUAUAGACAUGGUAGGGAGCAAGUAGAGAGAGAGAAAUUACAAAACACUUAAUAGUUCAGCAAAUAUUUCACAAAUAUAGAGAGUCCAUUUGCCGAGAGCUUUUCCCAUGUAUAUAUGUAAAGGGCUGGGUAGGGACUUGAUACGUUCAGUACCUUCGAGACAGUCAUUACGACACAAUGUAACACACUGGAGAGACCUGUCAUUUGUAUAUCCUCUCAGAUUUUUUCUCUCUCUCUAUUGGAUUUGUGAACAGAAUUAAACUGGUAUAGAAUUUAUCACCCAGGUUAAGUUGGCAGUGAGUGUGAUUAAUGCGUCACUGGUGCUCCAGAGUGCGGAUUGCAUGCAAUAUAGCAGCCCACUUAAAGCAUUUCACUGCACUUUGUAUUGCUCAUCCUGUGUUAUGUCAGUACUUUUGCUCUCAGUCCUAUACCAGUUUGUCUACAUGACAAUCCACCUUUACACAACCUUUUAAAAUGCCUAUGCUGUUCUGGGUAUCGUACAAAUAUGUUUCAUACCACGGUAUAUUCGUACCUCUCUUUAAAAAAAAAAAAAAAAAACCUGUCCUUUUCCUAUAAAACGCACCCCUUUUGUUACUGUAUGCUAAAAAUAUAUAUUAUACUAUGAAUUAUUAUAGGAAAAAGAAGCUGUCUGAUUAAAUGUAUGUGUAUAUAUAAAUAAGUAUAUAUGUGAAUGUGUGGAUAUGCGAGUGUGUGUAUAUAUGCAAAUUAUAAUUCCAAGAGAUGUCAGGUUAAUUGGAAUGAUGUUAAAUUCUCAGAUAUCUGGGAAAGGAAAGGCCAAAUUUCAAAAUGCUGAUGCAAAGGAGUGGGGGUUUAUUUUUUAACCGCUUAAUUUCCAGUUUCAUUUCUCAGCUUCCCCAUUCCAUCUUUGCAAACUGUUGAAAUGCAUGGUACACUACCAACUCAUCUUGGGAGGAAGGUUCUAGUAAAACCAGAUAUGAACUCUGUUGGGUUAAUAAGUCUGUUAAUUUAGUUGUUGGGAUUCAAUGACCUUUUUUAUCAUUGUUACUAUUAUGAUUAUUAUUGUUAGUGUUAUCCUUGCUGUUUAUGAUUACAUUUUAUGUUUUCAGCAUUUCUUGGAACAUUUUUCUGAAGGAAUGCACAGUUUUUACUUCCCUCGUACCUUUAUUUCGAAUUCUUUUUUGAUAGCUACACUUUGUAUGAGCCUGUUCACUGUCAGCACAAUCAAUUGCGAUUCCACCAGGCCCUGGGUGCAUUGUGGGGGCUUCCUGUGUUUGAAUUUCAAAAAUGGAAAAACAACAAAAACUAUGGAUUUUUUUUUUCUUGGAGGCAUUUGAAAUAACCCUCACAGCAGCCUAUAUAUUGCCAGCUGUAUUGACCUCUGAUGCUGCUAACCUCCUGUUGGAAUUUAAAAAGAGUUCCAGAUUUUAUUAUUUUUGUAUACUUGGGAACUGAAGUCAUUGAAGCUUAUAAGCUAUUGACAGUACUGUUUUUUGUGUAAGCUUACUUCAACUUUAAUGGGCAUUUGUUGCUCAUCUUUGCAUCAUCAUGACCGUAUGCUUUCCCAAAUGGACUGUGGGUUAUGUAGUCCUUUUUUCCUUCAGAAGUGGAUAAUGAAUAUUUAGCUCUUAUUGUGACUUAUUAACUACAAAUCCCAUCAGCACACCACUACCCAACUGCACCGGUGAUGUCUACUGUUCCUGUCCAAAGGAAUGCUGGGGAAUGUAGUCUGGCUUUCCAAAGCACCAAUAAAGAAUUAUCCUUACUCACUGAGUAAA